AUGUGGGGCUGUCUAUCACAAGGGCGAUUACUGUCGAUCUCAACAAAACCCGACCCAAAUGAUGCUGCUGCCUCUGCUCGUUGGCUCGUCUCUCUCAAUUCCUGGGGAGUCUUGAAGUACUCUCUCUCUCUCUCAACUGCUUUUAUUUCCAACUCUUCAAUUCCGAUCAACACUAUCUCAGCUGAUUUGGGUGGAGCUCCCUUUGGGAAUGUGGUGUCAUUUAGCGAUGGAGGGUCUGGAAUCCCUUACUUCUACUUGACAAAUCUAGACCCAACAGCAAAAGAUGCAUUGAAAAAUGAUAAAGCUUCAUUUACAGUCAGUGAAUACCCUCUUGGGACAUGUGGCAGGAAAGACCCGAUGAACCCUACUUGCUCAAAAAUUACUCUAACUGGAAAGCUGAAAUUGGUUGAUAAAAAGUCCAAGGAAGUCGAAUUUGCUAGAAAUGCCUUGUUCUCCAAGCAUCCAGAGAUGAAAGACUGGCCGAAGGAUCACAACUUUCAAUUCUUCAAAUUGGAAAUUGAAAAUAUAUUUCUAAUUAAUUGGUUUGGUGGUCCAAAACCGCUCACAGUGGAACAAUACUUUCAUCCCAAAUUGAACAAUGUUGGCUUCAUUCUCUGA